CCAUCGCUGUUUACCCCGCCACCCCGCCGUCGACCCUUUCUUCAUCGUCGCGUCCUCCCGCUGCCCUUCGCUACCUACGUGACUAAACCGGCGUUUUCGGAUGUCAGGGCUCGUCUUGCCAACAUCUCUAGCCAUUAUGGGGGAGGCGUUGCUGAUCUCGGCCUCAUCGGCUUGGCCGUCAUGGGCCAGAACCUGAUCCUCAACAUGGCCGACCACGGCUUCACCGUUUGCGCCUACAACCGAACCGUGUCCAAGGUUGACCACUUCUUGGCAAACGAGGCCAAGGGCAAGUCCAUCGUUGGUGCUCACACCAACGAGGAGUUCAUCUCCAAGCUCAAGACGCCCCGUCGUGUAAUGCUGCUGGUCCAGGCUGGUAAGGCUGUGGAUGACUGGAUUGAGACUCUUCUGCCCCUCCUGGAGAAGGGCGACAUCAUCAUUGAUGGCGGCAACUCCCACUUCCCCGACUCCAACCGACGCACACAAUACCUGAGCACAAAGGGUAUCCGAUUCGUCGGUUCCGGUGUGUCUGGAGGUGAGGAGGGUGCUCGUUAUGGUCCCUCCAUUAUGCCCGGUGGUGAUGAGCAGGCGUGGCCCUUCAUCAAGGACAUCUUCCAGGGCAUCUCCGCCAAGGCUGGCGAUGAGCCCUGCUGUGAGUGGGUUGGUGACGAAGGUGCUGGUCACUACGUCAAGAUGGUCCACAACGGUAUCGAGUACGGUGACAUGCAGCUCAUUUGCGAAGCAUACGACAUCAUGAAGCGUGGCUUGAACAUGUCUAACAAGGAGAUGGGCGAUGUCUUCGCCAAGUGGAACAAGGGUGUCUUGGACUCCUUCCUGAUCGAGAUCACCCGAGACAUCAUGUACUUCAACGACGACGAUGGCACGCCGCUGGUCGAGAAGAUCCUGGACCAGGCCGGACAAAAGGGUACUGGCAAGUGGACUGCCAUCAAUGCUUUGGACCUUGGCAUGCCCGUUACCUUGAUUGCUGAGGCCGUGUUGGCUCGUUGCUUGUCUUCCAUCAAGGCCGAGCGAACUAAGGCCUCCACCAAGCUCCAGUACGAGAGUCGUACACAAACCUUUGACGGGAACAAGGAGCAGUUCCUUGAUGACCUUGAGCAGGCUUUGUACGCCUCCAAGAUUAUCUCGUAUGCGCAAGGUUUCAUGCUGAUGCAGGAGGCCGCCCGUGAUUACAAGUGGAAGCUGAACAAGCCCUCCAUCGCCCUCAUGUGGCGUGGUGGUUGCAUCAUCCGCUCCGUCUUCCUGAAGGACAUUACUGCUGCCUAUCGCAACAACCCCGACCUCGAGAACUUGCUGUUCGAUGACUUCUUCAACAAGGCUAUCCACACCGCACAGCCUGGCUGGAGAGACGUUGUCGCCAAGGCGGCCAUUCUCGGCAUCCCGACCCCUGCUUUCUCCACUGCCCUCUCAUGGUUCGACGGCUACCGUACCAAGGAUCUGCCCGCCAACCUGCUCCAGGCCCAGCGCGACUACUUUGGUGCCCACACCUUCCAGAUCAAGCCCGAGGCUGCCAAUGAGAAGUACAAAGAGGGCGAAUACAACCACGUCAACUGGACUGGUCGUGGAGGAAAUGUCUCGGCCUCCACCUACCAGGCAUAGAUAUCCACCUCGUUUGGACGUGGUUGGGAGUCGGCACAAUCAUUGGGAUUUGCAUAUGGUUAAUAUCCUCAAGCUGAUAGAUUGAAAAGAAUAACCAUCAGGAUGAUGAGAUAAAUGUUGGAACGAUAGAUUAAGCAG